AACGUGAUGUCAAACGCCCAUUUGUCUGCGCAAAAAGUUUCUGACAAGAGUAUCGUUACUGUAUAUAACACAUUAUAGAUAGAGCUGUGUCGGAACACCUAAACCCUACUGGAAAUACUUGGUUGUACGCGGGUUAAGAUGCAGUACGAAUAUGGUAAAAACAAGGAAGAACAUCCGGACCCAAUCAAAGCAGAAGUUGAAGGCUUGAUUCCUGAUUGGCUGGAGGGCACGCUUAUACGCAAUGGUCCCGGUCUCUUUUCAUUGGGAGAGACGUCUUACAACCAUUGGUUCGAUGGAAUGGCACUUUUACACAAUUUCACCAUUAAAAAUGGAGAGGUGAUAUACAGGAGCAAAUAUCUCAGAGGUGACACCUACAACUCCAACAUGCACGCCAAGAGAAUAGUGGUAUCCGAAAUGGGCACCAUGGCUUACCCGGACCCAUGUAAAAAUAUAUUCUCCAAAGUGGUCACCUUCCUCAGUCACACCAUCCCAGACUUCACUGAUAACUGUGCCAAUAACAUCAUCAAAUAUGGAAAUGACUAUCACGCCACAUCUGAAACCAACUAUAUUCGCAAAAUUGACCCUGUCACCUUAGAGACUCAAGAUAAGGUGGACUACAUGAAAUACCUUCCUGUAAACAUUGUAGCAUCACAUACACAUUACGAUAAAGAAGGAAAUAGCUACAGUAUGGGCACGUCCAUUGCAGAGAAGGGCAAAACUAAAUACACACUGUUCAAGGUUGCAGGAGGAAGUGGAUCAGAAGCAUCUCCCACAGCGUUGAAGAACGUCGAGGUGGUCUGCACCGUGCCCUGUCGCUCUCUCCUCACACCCAGUUAUUACCAUAGCUUUGGCAUGACUGAUAACUACUUCAUCUUCAUUGAGCAGCCCUUGAAACUAGACAUCCUGAAAAUGGCCACGGCCUAUCUAAGGAAGGUCAGCUGGGCCAGCUGCAUGAAAUUUCACCCUGAAGAAAGCACGUUGAUUCAUCUUAUCGAUCGAAAGACGGGGAAAGAGGUCGGAACCAAAUUUUACACGGGUGCCAUGUGCGUGUACCAUCAGGUCAAUGCCUUUGAAGAAGACGGCCAUGUUGUUUUUGACGUGAUCGCCUACGAUGACAACAGCUUGUAUGAUGUGUUUUACCUGGACAAGUUGAAAGAUCAAAUUGCCUCCAAUACAGUGUAUUGCAAGCCCAUGUGCAAAAGAUUUGUGUUGCCUCUUAGCGACAAGGGUGAGAUGGGUGAGGAUCUGGUCAAACUAAAGUAUACAAAAGCGAGUGCUGUGAAGGAGAAAGAUGGAAAGGUUCUCUGUCAGGGCGAAGUUCUCUUUGAUGGAGUGGAACUUCCUAGAAUUAAUUACAAUUUCAACGGAAUGAAGUACAGAUAUGCUUACACGUGUUGUGUGGAUGUAUCUCCAGUGGCCGGAAAGAUUUUGAAACUUGACGUUGAGACCAAGCAGAAGAUUGAAUGGACGGAGGAGAACUGCUUUUCAUCUGAACCUGUUUUUAUUCCCAGGCCCAAUGCAGUUGAUGAAGAUGAUGGUGUUGUACUAGCAUCUGUCAUAAGCUGCAAACCCGGGCAGCGUUGCUUUCUGUUGGUGCUUGAUGGGAAGUCUUUUAAGGAGAUCGCACGGGCAUAUGUAGACGCAGAGUUUCACAUGGACAUGCAUGGAUACUUUAUUCCAGACUGCUGUUAAGGGUUUGGUGUUUCUCUAUCACCUGUCCAUUCCUGAUGCCAACUGUGACUGAAAAUGUGUAAUACUGUGACUGAACUGUAAUCUAGCCACGAACACAGACAUGUUUCUUACCAUUUAAAGCUUUGAAAAUUUAUUAAAAUAUUGUUUAUGGAGUAAUUAAAAA